CUAUACAGCCCCCAGGAGCUACAGCCCCAGGAGCACAGCCCCAGGAGCCACAGCCCCAGGAGCCACAGCCCUCCCUUCAGGAGCCACAGCCCCCAGGAGCUACAGCCCUCCUUCCCCAGAGCUUACAGCCCCCCUUCCCCCAGGAGCUACAGCCUCCCUUCCCCAGGAGCCACAGCCCCUACCCCAAGCCAAGGUUGAUUUAUGAUCUUCCACAAUCUGUAGCAUCCUUCAGCAGUGUUGACAUCGAUAGGUACACAAAAGAACCCCAUCUUGACUGCAUCACUCCAUCAAAUCCAGAAGGCUUGAUGAAAGGUUAUGGUAUUCCGCCAGAGUCACACUUGAUAUACAAAUAG